AUGUUCAAAUCAGCAACAUUUUUGCUGGCCUUCAGUAGUUUAUUAUUUACAUAUUCUUUUGCUGCGUCAACACAGAUUUAUGGCAAUCAUCACUUGAUUGCCUAUGUAGUAGACUGGGACUUUACGAACGAAAUACCGUGGAGAAAAUUGGAUCAUAUUGCAUACGCUUUUGCUGUGCCUGACGAGAAUGGUAACUUGAAAGGUUAUCAAGAAAGUCAAUUACAGAAAGUUGUUUCGGAAGCUCAUACGCGAAAUAUUGGAGUUAGUAUUGCUGUAGGAGGAUGGACAGGCUCUCUAUAUUUCAGCAGCUUGGUAAAAAGCGCAGAAAGUCAGAAGAAAUUUGCUGAUAAUCUGGUGGACAUGGUACGAAAAUAUGAAUUAAACGGCGUCAAUUUAGAUUGGGAAUAUCCAAAUGAUCCUGAUGGCAUAUCUUGUAACCAAAAGGAUCCUCAAGAUACAGACAACUUUUUGACUUUUAUAAAACUGUUGAGGCAGCUACUCGAUCAAGCUUUUCCUGAAGAACGCAAACUUAUAACAGCUGCUGUUGGUGCUGGCGUGUUCAAGGGUGUGGAUGGGAAGCCCAUUUCUAGCCUUGACAGCGGAUGGGCUACAGAUAUGGAUGCAUUCUAUAUCAUGGCUUACGACAUCAAUGGCUCUUGGUCAAAUACUACUGCUGCCAAUGCACCUCUUCAUCUUGGAAAGACAGGAAAUCAAGUCAGUGGCGAAACUGCUGUACAAGCCUGGAUAAACGCUGGUAUUCCGUCCAACCAAGUUUUCCUGGGUGUUCCUUUUUAUGGCUAUACCCAGAAGACAACCAAAAAAAUGACCCGUAAAGCAGGUCUUUCCGUGCCAUUAGAUAGGAGUGUUCCUCAAAUAAAAGGCGAUCAAUACGAUAGCGUGGAAACUGACCCAUGUCCGGGUGCCAUAGGGUCCUAUUCUGGCGAAAUGCAAUGGAGAACAAUCAAUCAAGUAGGCGCGGACCGUAAUACCAAUGGUUGGGCCACUUUCUGGGAUAAAACCACAGAUACGCCAUUUUCUUAUCAUGCAGGUAAUCGGCAGUUCGUUAGCUUCGAUAAUCCUAAAUCUUUAGGAUUGAAGACGCAAUUUGUAAAGGAAAAGGCGCUAGGCGGAAUGAUGCUCUGGUCACUUGAAAUGGACGACAGCAGUAAUUCACUCUUAGAGUCCAUGCAAAGUAUUCGUUCUCUAUGA